AUGGAUUCUGCAAGUCCGUUUACCGAAAUCGACCGAACACCGCCUGAAGAGAAUAUCCAACAACCUGAACCUGAGCAAGGUAUGGAUCAUCAGUCUGAAACCGAAAUGGAGCUAGAAGAACUCGAGCAUAACAGCCUACGGAAUUCCCGGAGAUCUGCUUCGGCACAUUCUUCGCACAGAUCUGAUGAGUUAUUGGAUCUAUCGGCAAUUGAUCUCCAGCAGGUCGACGGACCGAUUGAUUUAAAGCUCACAGAUUGGGAUUCUGAUUCGCUCGAGUGGGCUUACGUCCCCGCUGCUUUACCUCCUCGGGCACUUUUAAUUAAGAGCCCUGAGUUAGUUUUCGAUCAACGCGAACGUGCGCGGAAACUGGGCUGGCAGUAUUUAAAGAGGGACCCUAGCACUCUUCCGGUAAAGAUUGGAUCACCUCCAUUUACCCGCACAGAAUUAAAGGAUUGGCGGAAAAUCUUGGCGUGGCUCGAUUCGGUAAUUGAACGACCUACGGUAUUUCGUUACCGAGGUAGGAUCGUCGCUUUGCUUCCCAAACUGACUUAUUAUCACAGAAUUUCUACAAGACUAGGAGAGAUCCUAUAUUCUAUUAGCGGCUACACUUACAAAAGUAAGAUACCCGCUCCUCCUAUGCCUCGCUUCGGUCGGCACGGCCUUAAUGAUAACUACGCUUUCACCCCGAACGACUAUGUUAUUCUAAGCAGCUGUUACCGAUAUGAAGUCGAGAUGAUGGUCAAGUACUUUUGCCGAGUACACGAAUUAAGUUAUACCGAUAUGAACAUGGCCGCUCCACCCUCACCCAUAGAACGGGCUUCUACUGGGUUAAGUUAUCUCACUAACCCGGAGCCACCCAUUCCACCGGUAAUCUCUCAACGAGUCCCUACGCCCUCGGCAAUUCAACCUGAAUACCGACCAUCUACUCCUCGGGCUACCCCACUCAGGGAUAUACCCCCUCACAUUUCUCCUCCGCUCUCGGUAAGGAAGUCCAUUAAAGACGAUCGCUCCAAUGCCGAGGAUCGUAGUUCUUACCGAGGACGUCCUCAUCAGGAGUUAGAAGAAGAGAGAGAAGUAGAGGUCGACUUGGGAAGAAGAAGCCGCCGCUCUGAGAAUGAUCGACUCCAGAGUACCAGGCAUGAGGACCGCUCCUCGGGAAGCACCGCAGAGUACGCCUUACCGAGCAGGUCGUCGGCUUACCGAGUUAUUUGGUAA